AUGGUGUAUGAUUAUGAAGCCAACCAGAGGGACGUUGAGUCACCGACUUCGCAUCACCACCCAUAUGGUAACAUGAGAACAUCCACAGGAAGUAUUCCCCGAACUACGGAGGGUCCGUGUUUACGUCUCUCGGGGCAGGGGAAGUAUGAAGCGUUUUCAUUGUGUGCUAAAUGUGCCAUGUUGAAGGAUGAUCAGAUCAUAAGGGAAACUCGCUCCUCAAAGUACAGAGAGUUCUGUUGUUUCAGAACAAUUGGCAAACUGAUAGACGUAUUUGAUUCGUUUGUACAGCAACAUUCGAAUCACCUUCUGACUGAAGAUCCUGCAUCAAAUGAACAGACCCUGAAUGGCAGACAUCGCAGUGAACACGCCUUUGGUACCGGAAAUAUGGCACACUGCAACCUCCUCAUUACAGGCAAUGCAAAGUCUGAAUCAUCCGCCUUGCAGUGGAGCUGCAAGGUGAAGGUUGGGUUUGAGAUGGUGGACAGGCAGCUGGCUGUGUCGGUGUCCAGCUACUACUACAUCUACUCCCAUCUCCUCCUGAGCCAGCAGACUGACCACAAGGUCAUUCGGCACAGAAAGGGGGAGGACAAGCGAGUGCUACUCCACACGCCCAUGUCGAUGCAAGACCAGAACUCCCUGUUGGAGGGCAUCUUCCUGUUGAUGGAAGGUGACACUAUCAGUGUGUUAUCUACUGAAUCACGGAUAAAAACACUAUCAACAAAUUACUUUGGCAUCUUCAUGGUGUAAAGGUUAAUGUUAAUGAUGAAACAUCAGUUGCAUUGCUGAUAGACAUGUCAUGUCAAUUUAUUGCUUUGGUGAAUAAAACAACUGACAUAAUUAACAAGCCAAAAAGUCAUU